AUGUCUGGCCAGUCCAUGCCAGAGAUACUGAACUCCAGAGACUCCAUUCUCCAAGUCUUUGACGACUUCAGAGACGAGUUGGAUGCACAUAAUGAUAGAAGAGAGCGCCUUAUAAAGUCCAGCCGUGAUGUCACCAACCUCUCCAAGAAAGUCAUAUUUCUCCUCCACCGUACCAUGACCGAGGAGAAUUUCGAGUCUAAUGAUCACGUCCUUGCUGUGCGUGCAGCCGGACGAGCAAAAGAGAAGCUGCGCGAAAUCCAGAAUAUGUUUGCAGCUAUUCGGGAGGAGGUCGCGGGUGACCGUUUCUGGAGAUACCAGAAAAAUGUCUCCCCUGGUCUGCAGGAGUAUAUCGAAGCGCUGAGUUUUGCCCACUUUCUCGAGCAUGGGACCUUGAUCUCGUACGACGAGGUGCAGCAGUCACUUUGCGAUAACAAUGGUAUCCGUUAUUUUCCUCUGCCGCUGGAGGACUACUUGCUAGGACUGUCUGACCUGACGGGCGAAUUGAUGCGCUAUGCCAUUUCCGCCAUUUCUCGUCGUGGUGGACGCUCCAAGGCCAGCGAAGUUUGUACGUUUGUGAGAGGUUGCAGAGCCAACUUUGAAGGGCUUGUGCCGUAUUACCGGGAGCUCCGUAAAAAGCAAGCGGUUACUUCGCAGUCUCUCGAGAAGAUUGAAGAUGUUGCGUACGCCAUAGCUGUGCGUAGCUCUGAGUAUGACUUGCCCCCAGAAAUCUUGGAUGAUAUCGUCGCACGGACAGUCUCCAGCGCUGCGUAUAGUGGAAGCCAGGGAGACAGGAGGAGAAAGGGAGGCAGAGGUAGCAGAGGACAUGACGACGAAUUAGACGACGGACUUGAUGAAGACUGA